AGACUACAUAUAGCUUCCACCAUGCUUGUGUUCUUGAUCAUGGGAAGUAAAUUCUGUGAACUUCUGACCAUGCUAUUCACUUUGUUAUCAUUUCUGGUGGUGCUAGGCAAUGAGCACAGUUGGGCUGUUGCAGCUCAGAAGGUUCAAUGCAUUGAUGGUGAGCAGGAAGCUCUUCUAAUGUUUAAAGAAGGAUUUACUAGUCCUUCUAGCCGUUUCUCUUCAUGGAUAGCUGGUGAAGAUUGCUGCAAAUGGAGUGGAGUCGGAUGCAACAAUAGAACAGACCAUGUCAUCACCCUUGAUCUCCAUAGCUCUGAUUCUUCUGGGGUAUUGAAAGGUCAGUUGAGAAAUUCCUUGCUUGGAUUGCCAUAUCUGAGUUAUCUAGACUUGAGUUUGAUUGAUUUCAACCGAAUGCCAAUUCCUGAGUUCAUUGGUUCUCUUUCUAAUUUGAAGUAUCUCAAUUUAUCUAAUGCCAAUUUCAAAGGGAUUGUCCCUGAUCAUCUUGGAAAUUUGUCUAGUUUACAGUCUCUUGACUUAAGUGGCAACAGCUUUUCCCUUAAGGCCAAUAAUCUAGACUGGCUUUCUGGUCUUUCUUCCUUGGAAGUCCUUGAUUUGGGGGGUGUAGACCUUAGCAAUGCAGUUAAUUGGCUGCAUGCAAUCAAUUUGCUACCUUCUCUGAAUGAGCUGAGUUUUUUCUCUUGUCAACUUCCAAACCUUCAACAAUCUUUAUCCUUUGUGAAUUUCACUUCUUUGAAAGUUCUUGAUCUCUCUUAUAAUAGCUUUCAUUCUACCAUACCCAAGUGCUUGAUUGAAAGUAGUCAUACUCUUCACUAUCUUAAUCUCACAAGAUGCCAAUUGCAAGGUUCCAUUCCUGAUGCAUUCGUCAACUUUACAUCUCUUACUGUGCUUGAUUUCUCAUACAAUAAUCUCCAAGGUUCAAUCCCACAUUAUUUUGGGAACAUGACGUCCCUUGUUGUUCUUGAUCUCACAUUCAAUAGUCUUGAAGGUUCAAUACCCCCAACUCUUGGUCUAAUUCAAGAACAGCAACGCAUUAAACAUUCACCGUUGAGAGAACUCUAUCUGUCCUACAAUAAGCUGAAUGGUUCUUUAGAAAAAAUCCUUCCACAAUUUUCAGAAUUAGUUGUCUUGGAAGUGGCUUCAAAUUCAUUGCAAGGUUUUAUCACAGAGGUUCAUUUACAGAAUUUUAGUAGCUUGCGAGUACUUGACUUGUCUGGAAACCAGUUAAUUCUAAACAUGAGCUCAAACUGGACUCCCGCUUUUCAACUUCAGACCUUAGGUUUGAAUUCAUGCAAACUGGGUCCACGAUUUCCCCAGUGGCUUCAAAAGCAAACAAAAAUUGUGAACAUUGAUUUAUCUAAUUCAAGCAUUUCUGACACUGUACCUGACUGGUUUUGGGAUCUUUCUCCAGCAAUGCAGAUUUUGGAUCUUUCUUUUAAUAGGCUUGGAGGGGAAUUACCAGAUUUAUCAUCAAAAGCAAGUUUGAUAACAUUGCAUUUGAAUGAAAAUGUAUUCAGUGGUUACUUGCCUCACUUUCCUCCCAACAUGGUAUCACUAGAUGUGGCUGGGAAUGAAUUUUUUGGACCAAUUUCUACCAUAUGUGAUACGAUGAAUGAGCAUAAUGCACUUCUUAUUCUUAUUCUGGGGGAAAAUCAUCUUUCUGGACAUCUUCCUGACUGCUGGACAUAUGGAAAAAGUCUACGCUAUUUGGAUUUGAGUUCAAACAACUUUUCUGGAGAGCUACCUCAGUCCUUGAUGAACUGCAUAAAUUUGUCUGACCUUGUUCUUGCUGAAAAUGCAUUAUCAGGGAGGAUACCAGCAUGGUUGGGGGAAAGCUUACAAAAUUUGGUAGUUCUUCAGUUAGAUUCCAAUGUUUUUGAGGGCAAUAUACCAUGGCAGCUGUGUCAAUUGAAGUACAUUAUGGUAUUAAGCCUUUCUUCCAAUUUGUUAUCGGGCAGAAUCCCACGAUGUAUCAACAAUUUCCAAGUAUUGGCGGAGAAGGAGGCUGAACCUUCUCAUGGCUAUUAUUUAUAUCGUCGAUAUGCAAAGGUUGAGCUAAAGAAAGUGAUGUGGAUAGACUCACAAAGACAUGGUUUACAUUAUCGUAAAUCAUUGGAUCUUUCGUUUAAUUCCCUAACUGAAGAGAUCCCGAGGGAAAUUACAGAGUUAAUUGGAUUGGUGAAUUUGGACUUAUCAUUCAAUCAUUUGAGUGGAACUAUUCCUUGUGAUAUUGGUUCCCUGAAAUCCUUGGAACAUCUAGAUUUAUCAUAUAACAAUUUGUCAGGAGAAGUUCCCUCAUUCAACCUCUCUGCAAAUACGGCCUUAGUAUAUGCAGGAAAUCGUAACUUAUGUGGACAUCCACUUCAAAAGAAUUGCUCAAUAAAUGAACCAUUUGAAUAUGCAGAAUGCAGGAGUGGUAAUAUUGAGCAAGGUGGUCAGAGUCAUGGGAUUGAAGAAGAAGAUAGGCAUGGGUUUGAUGAUAUGCCAACAUUCUAUAUCAGUGUAGCUAUUGGAUUUUUUACAGGGUUUUGGGGAUUUUGGGCUAUUUUAGUCUUAAAAAAAUCAUGGAGGCAUGCCUAUUUUCGGUGCGUAGGCAACAUGGGUGACAAAAUUUAUGUAUUUGCAGUAGUUUACCUUGCUAGACUGAGAAGGAAAUUUCAGAGGGAAAAAGCUUCUGACUAAAGAGUUCAAACUGGAAGAGAAGAUAUGGUGGAAAGCAAAACUAGGAGGAUAGAGUUCCUUCAAUCAAGAGAUCAUUCCACUUGACUGGAUCGUUUCUGUUGUCUACAUAUUAGUAAUUGCCUUUUAGUGUUCAAUUUUAGUUGUGCUAUAAUGGCGUUGAUGGAUUAUAUUCUGAUGCUCUAUCUACUCUGUAA